GCCGGCCAGCGCCAUUGCGUACGCCUCGUCUGCUAGACUUCAGACAUGGCGGAACAUUCGACGUGUUUGCGCUUUUAGAAAGCGACAGCGCGUUUACCGCCCGAGAAGGCUUUCUGCGCCUUGUAAAGCCGAUCUAGGCGACCGCGUAACGCACCUAAACCUCGCAUACCACAUCGCGGUUCGCUGCCUUAGCGUACUUACUGCGCCAUGAAGAGAGACGUGCUGCUGAUGCACGAACGGAGUGUGUUCCGUACGCCGCCGGACUUUACUGUUCUGGCCGAGAAGUACUUCGACUUCUCGCAGCACGUCACCUACAACACCCUAGGCAAGGCAAAGCUCGACUUCAAGGAUGCAGAUUCUCAGCGCGCCCUCUCCAAAACGCUGUUGAAGCACUUCUUCGACCUGGACGUGCGGUUGCCGCCGGGUCGACUGGUGCCGGCCGUGCCUCAGCGCCUGAACUACCUGCUCUGGGUCCAGGACCUGGUGGAGAAAGUCUUGAACAGGAAAGAUAACGUCGUGGCCCUCGAUGUCGGGACCGGAGCAUCGUGCGUGCUGGCACUGCUGGGCCACAGGCAGUGCGGCUGGGACUUCGUCGGUACCGAGACCGAUCCUUCCGCCGCCGCUCCUGCCACAGAAAAUGUGAGCCGCAACAACCUUGAGGAGCACGUCAAAGUGCUGGAGGUGGGCUCGCUCGUUGAGGCCGUAGAGAAGUCAGAGUCCCGCAAGUUCGACGUGUGCGUCUGCAACCCACCUUUCUUCACCUCAGCCGAGGAAGCAGAUGCCAAGACGAAGGCAAAGGAGCAAGGGCGUGCCUCCCCGCCUUCGGACAUGGGGGGCGUCGAGGCCGAGAAGGUGUGGGCAAACUCUGGAGAGGUGGGCUUCUUCAAGGACGUGCUGCUGCGCGACAGCCUCGUGCUGCGGGACAAAAUUGGCCUGUACACCUGUAUGCUGGGCAAGAAUGUAAGCGUCAAGGAGGUCCUCAGUGCUCUUCAUAACAAGGUCAAGUCCUGUCGAGUUGCAGAGUUUCACCAAGGGAAGACAACUCGCUAUGCCGUUGCAUGGACCUUUCUCAACGUCAACCUGCAGAAACUUCCGUUCUCCAAGGUGCGACAGCAGAAGCAGCAGACCAAGAUUGAGCUGGUACUGCCGCACUCACAGGUACCGGUCACCCUGCGGGUCCACUACGUCUGGCGGGAGCUACUCAGUGCCCUCAACUCCAUUGAGGUCCCCUACGAGAUCAUCAACGAGGGUCAGAACAUGUGCCACCUUUGGGUCAAGGCCAAGGAGAACACGUGGACGCACCUGCGACGUAGGCGCCGGGAGAUCGAGCGCAAACGUCGCUUGCGGGAGGAGGAGGCUAAGAAAGCCGAAGAAGCCAAAAAGCCAAAAGAAGAGCAAUCUUCUGCGGAGACAGCUGAAAAAAAUGACACAUCUGAAGCUGAAACAAGUGCAGGAACUUCCGAUUCCAAGGAGAAGACGUCAAAGGUGGACGAAACCACUACUGAGCCUGUUGGCUCUUCGGAUGAUCCCUCUGAAAUGGCAGUCUCAGAACAGGAGCCAGCCGAAUCUUCCGGUGAACCUGCCGAGGAAGAGAAGUCAGCAGCAGAGCCGCCUUCGCAGACACAUCAACAGCAGGUUGAACCGGCUGCCCCGUUUCAGGAGGCCUCCUCAAACGGGUCGUCACAAGCCGAGCCAAGCGAGUGCUCCGGCGGGCCGGCUGAGGAGCAGAAGGCAGCACCGGAGUCAUCUCAGGAGGAGUCGUCUGCCGUUUCAUCGGAAGUUGAGAACAAUUUGUCAACUGUCACUUCCUCAAACCACGUGCCACCACAGCCAGACGUAGACCCCACGCAGUCAUCUGAGCAGUCAGCCAGUCAGUUUGCUGCGGAUGAGGCCAUGGAAGCCGACAGCUGCACCGACAGUGACAGCCACGAACAGGGUGUGAAGAGAAAGCAGGCAGACGAGAGUGCCGGGGACGAGCCGCCGAGCAAGGUUUCACGCCAGGAUGACAGUGACAAGUCUUUUGAGGAAAAUGCAGACGACAUGGCAGCUGACGAAGGCUUUGGAAGUGCCGAUACCGAACCGGACAGCUCGCCCCUGCUCCUGAGCACCGACGUGCGGGUACGGCGCAUCUACACCGACAUCGUCAUCCACAUGACCAUCCGAAGCGGCCAGUCAGACGUGGCGCACCAACUGUUGCAGUACAUCAAGAACUCCCUGUGGGGAGUCUAACCCUCCACACUUGUUUUGUGCACCCCACCCCCUGAGGCAUGCCUUUAUUUUACUUUGUUUUCCUUUAGUAUUCGUGCUUUGCGAGCCACUUUGUUUUAAAGGACCGAGAAGCAGAAUUGCACGCGUGACAAUGCACAUUGUGCGUCUCCCAUUAUGUUUGUCAUUUCAUCUGCAUCGUGUGAAUGUGUUAGCAUGAAGAAAUACUGCAAGAGUGGGGGGGGGGGGGGGGAGGCGGGGGGGCUAGCCUGUGUACGGUUUGGUAUGAAUGUCUCCUUCAGUUGCUGUGCACAUUCAGCAGAAAAACAAAGAAAAAGAAUUUGCACCUUUCAAAGCGCUGUUUUGUUGAGCUAUGCAUUAAGACCUGGUACACCCUAUGAAACAUAACUUUUUUCUCUCCCUCAACAUUAUUUGGUCAUUUGAACUUGGAGCUCAAUUCAUUCCUGCUUAUAGCCAAGGCUUCUUUCCAUUAGUAGCGUAUUCACUGCAAGGAGAGCUAUUAAAACACAGUAGCAAAGAAAAGAAGUGCAGUUGCGAGCAGAAGCGAUGACCGUGGUGCUGCGAAAAAGAAAUUGCUAUUACAGCUUACACGUGCAGCCCACCAUCCAGUGGCAUGCAUGUUCGACCAAUGCAGUACAUGUCGUUACUCCACCCAACGCUUCACCUCGACUUGAAAAAGCGGACGGCAACGUCACAUCUCAGCUGAAUAAACGACGCCCAUUCUCGAGCAAAACGUUUUGUAGCCAGGUGUUCACGGCAACUAUACAAAAAUGAAGGUGCGUCUCUCGAGCAAUUCCUUGUCGUAGGAAUCGCCAAGGAGAAUUUCUGAAGUGCGUCUUCAUUCGACGGGCAGCACUGUGUUCCGCUUAGUAGAGUAGAGGCUUGUUUGAGAACACACGGUUAAAGUGCAUGACCAUUCCAAAAGAAUAUUUUUUUUUUCUCUUUUGCCACCACUGUGUCCAAAAGUUUUGCAUGCGAUGGUACACACAGGAUUACCACUAUCAUUCUAGUGUCAUUCUAGUGACGCUGUGUGAGCAACUGUAGCCCUUUAGUGGCUGUACUCCCCCUACCUCCCACCCCCUCCACUAUUUUUUCGGGUUUUAAAUAAAGAUUGAUUAGUCACUAUUGUGGCAUCAUUGAAAA